GGUGUAAAUGGAGCAUAUUGACUUCCAGUGACAACAGACGCUGCUUAAAUCCCCCUCUCACCCCGAUUCUACACAAGCUACAGCAGGCUGCUGAGGCUGGACACUGCUAAGCAUUUACUCUGUGUGUGCGUCUCUCUCUCUCUCUGUGCGUGUGUGUUGGCACUUUGACACCCAAACGCACAGUGCGCGCGCGCCUUGCCUUGCCGUUCUGCGCCGCGCCGCACCGUGCCGUGCUUUGCCGCUCAUCGCCUCUAGUAGCCAAAGGGAAAGGCUUAACGGAUCGCAGGCAGGCAGCGACAAACCCGGCUCAUUAAAAUCUCGUCUGCAGACCCUCUGCCGGUCGCGCGCAUUACUACUACAACUCCUCGCGGUGCUGACGGUGCUGUCGACGGACCCAGAGUGACACGCGCGCGCUCAAAAGGUGUGGAGGAGAGGGCACAAUGGAACCGAACCCGAGCCGUUAAACGGUUCAGACGUACACACACACAAAACACACACAUACACACCUACACACACACACACACAAGCUGCAGCUGUGAAGGAGGCCAGACGCUGGUAAGGAAAACGGCGACAUGGCGAAAACGGGAAAGAUCUGAACUUUGGAGGAUCCGCUGUGAGGAUUAUCGUACAGUCCAAAACCUGACCGCUGCAACGAGGAACGGGAUCAGAGUUUGCAUCAGUGUACCAAAAGGAAUAGCCAACGGUAUGGCGCGCAGUGACAGUCGUUUGGGGACCUGGCAGGUGCUACUGACCAUCUCGCUGGUCAUCACCCCCCUGUCUGCUCACGGGAGGCAUCAACUGGCCAGACACCAUCAUCACCACAACCAAUCAACUGUCAACAAGGAGGCCUUGAACACCAGGAUGGUGCUCAGUGAUGACUCAGCAGAGAGAGACCACCUGAUCGGAGCAGGUCUCGGGGCCAAACUCCCUCUCAGCUCCACCAAACAUCACCAUUCUCGUAAACGUGUCCACCUAGACUUUGUAGAAGAGGACCCACCUGUUGGGGAGGAGCUCACUGCCGGCGGGGCGGGUCCAGACCAGCCUGGAAACCCCCUGUCCGAUGACGUCAUCACCGUGGAGUUCCACAGCCCGGCGCCGGAUGUUGUGCCCUCUGAUUCUGCUCUGGAUUGGGCGAAAGCCCCAAAACCCCAGAAGCAGAAAGGGGGAGACCCUACUGCAUGGACGCUUUCUGACUUUUACGACUACCUGUCCCCUGAUGACGACCUCUCGGCAUUAGAUACUACACCAGAACCUGAGCCCACCCCUUCACCCCCGCCCGACAUGGAGGAUGAGAAUCCACUCCUUACUGGUACUUCUGUUGUUCCUGACAAGGUGAAGCCUAAUGUAGACAGCGGGCCCUCCUUACCUGCUCCUCCUAUGCCAGGGCCAGACAAGGGUGAUGGGUUGGGCCUAGGUGGUGCCAUGGGGACGGAUGGCUGCAGGUUGGGCUUUGUACGCUCUGGACCAGGGGUGUGUGUGUCUCAGUGUGACAUUGAACCCAAUUUCUGCUUCAAUGGAGGGGUGUGCACCGUGGUGGCAGGAAUGGGAGCCUUCUGCAGGUGCAAUGUGCAGGACUACAUCUGGAACAAAGGCACGCGCUGUGAUUGGGCAGUCACUGAGUUUCAGGUGCUGUGUGUGGUGGUGGGCGUGGCCUCCUUUGUGCUCCUCCUCCUCUUCAUGAUCAUCGUAUUCUUUGCCAAGAGGCUGCACCGCCUCAAGAACGAGAACAAGCGCCUUCGCAAACGCAGUAAGUACCGCCCACAGAGCACCGAGCCACAGACGGACGGCCUCUCGGUUUCCACAACAGCCGACGGCUCGCAGCCAAACGUAAGGAAACUGUGUGACACCCCUCCGCCCGCUCCCCAAGCUCACUCUCACAACCUGGCGUACUAUGACAACAUUAUCUGUCAGGAUGAGCCUCAGAAGCAGGAGGACCCAGCAAAGUCCCCGCAACCCAAGGAAGAGGGGUCUAUGAACAUCCUCAACUCUCAUUCCCCCAAGCAUGAGAACAAUCGCCCGACCUCUGUCGUCCACGACCACACCCCCAACAACACAGAGGAAAAUGCCGAGGUAAACAUGCUCCAGAACAACCUGGUAUAAUGUCACCAUCUGUCAAAGUGUGCUGCCAGAGAAUCAGACCAAAAUAUUCAAUGCGCACACAAACAACAGGAGAUCAUUAUAGGCUAAUAUUGUUUACACCUUGAAAAGUACAUAUUGUGUGUUUUAUAAAGUUUGAAUUAGGCCUAAUGUCAAAAGUAAGCACAACAUGAAUUUAAGGUUACAACUUGAGAAGCACAAUAGUCCUGUUUACAAGGCUGCCAUGACAUCACUGAUCAGAUAGUGGCACCACUGCCUCCUUUCUUUUCUCUGUCUGCCUCUUACUCUGGUCUAAAAUCUCUGGCUUGGACCAACUAAUGACUGACUUUCCUCUCUACUGAUGCCCUGCCUUGGUCUUUGACCAAUGAACUGUUGCUCCUUCAUUGUCUCCUCUCCUGUCCUGCCCCCAUCCCCACCCCACCCCCAGUCUGCCCUGCCUUACUGUCUCUCCCUCUGCCCGCAUGCAUUGGUGUUAUCAACGAAAAGUGUCUGAAAACGUAAUAUUUGCAAAAGAAGUACGUGGAAAUCAAGUGAAUCUGUAUUUGCGAAAUAUUCAUGUUUGACAUUGCUAAUAAGUGGAUAUGUUUAGAUUAUAUGAGGUCAAAGUAAUUGCUUGGAGUUGAUAUUUGAAUCUAUAUACACAUACAGUAUUACACACGCUGUGUCUUGGUUUUCAAUGUGAUUUCUAAUACUUUAAUGUACUUGAGGUUCUUUUGUACUUUUUUGGGUAUACAUGGAGGAUUAUAGUUCACAGUGGUUGGAAUAAAUCUUUUUAAUUUUA